CAUCCGUCACAGAAGAACGAUAUUACUGUAAUGGAAAAUGGAACGAUGGCUUGCUUGUUUAGAUUAACUUAUUAUAUAGGUUUCUUGAUUUUUUUUUAGCUGGUAAACUUCAUCUGCACUCUUGUUUAUUUUCUUUAAAUAUAUAGCUAAUAGAGGAUGAUCCUACUGUUGACUCAAAAAAAAUCUGGAGAGGGAUAACUUGUUAUACCAGCUGAAUUACAUACUGGACUCUGCUGCUACUCCAACCAUUGCCAACUUUUUUGCUUCUUAUCCAGGUAUCACACAAAUGAGAUAAACAAGUAGGGUUGUCUUGUAUAUACCAAACUCUACCCGGUUGUCUUGUAUAUACCAAAUUCUACCCUGAUGAUAACAUUUCCAUAGAAACCUUGCCACGGGGCAACUAAAAAACUAAACGACUGAUUGAUUCAUUAGCACCACAGAAUUGGCAUUUCUUAUCUCCCUUCUUCCACCCUCUAUAUGAAAAGUUGUAGUCAGAAUGCUCUACUUCAGCACACCAACCACAAUAGAAGUGCAUGCCAGGGUGUGGUCUGCCUGAAAAUUAUGCCGUGCUGCCUCCGUUCGGGUCCUCUGAAGAUUCAGGCUUUCAAGAUGCAAAGAAGUUGCUGCUGCAGGCUUCUUCUUUGAGGGUGCCUGUUGAGAAAUCUUUAUCUUUGCCUGUUGAAAUCUUAUGCAAUGCAGCAGCUCCUGCAAUUGUGCGCUGCCCAGAGCCUCUCUCUUCCCUAAAUCAUCAGGAUCUUGUUGAGAUGGGUGAUCACUCGUACAGAGCAAAUAGCACAAAUGCUUUUUCUGGUCUUCCAAGAUUUGUGCUUCAGAACCUCUCCAAGCAGAACGGAAUUCGUGCAAAUAUGUCUAAUAAGGGAAUGGCGGAGGCGCUGCAGGCACUUGACUCUGUGGUUGGAAUUGAUAUGAUUUCAGAUUUGAGGAAAAAGUCAAAGGUGCAAACUGUGAGUACCCAGGGGGUGCUUAAUCUAGCAAUCAUUCCUGGGGAGGAUAAUUCUAACAGAAGGACUAGCAAGAGGACAGCAGCUUUGGGGGAUGAGCAUAUUCUGGCAAAGGCAAAGAUCCUGGCGGCAAAAAGGAACUUAGAUGGUGGUACUUUUCAGAGGCACUUACUGGCUAAGGUUCUGGAGACUACUUCACAGGGAGGAUUUGAGGGAAGAAUUUCUGUCGGUCUGUCAUUUGUUGGAGGUGGUGGCUUUGGAGCUCUUCGCCAAGCAUAGAUGGUCAUGUAGUUACAGAUUGCAAGCUUCUUGAUGUUUUUUCUUUCGGGUGAUGUGUGCUACUCUUG